CUUGGCAAGGGGAGGGGACACGGUUUGCAGACGCAGCACGCGGAUUUACUUAUGCAAAGGCGCACAAUAAUAUUGGAUUCAUCCGAUUCAUAUGCAAUUAAAGAUGAAGCAAAGCGACCGUCUUGGAGAAAAUUGCGCCUCGCUCGACUCACCGCCUCUUCUUUUGUGCAUAUAAUAUUAUGCCGCCAUCUAGCGGUGUCUAUAAGCACGACACCACAACUUUCUGGUUUUUUCUAAAAAUAUUAUUGCAGGUUUUAGGGUAUACUUUUGGUUGGACUGGGUAAUUUUUGGGCGAUGAAGGAUAUGUAGAGUCUUCCAGAAGUUUCCGUGGACGUGCCCGCUGUACUAUGGCUGGUAGAGGGGCAAUCGAGGGUUCAAAAUAUAGCGGCAAGCAGCGAUGUUGGGGGCCAAGCAGCAGGGCCCACUUCGGCCUAGUCAUACCACCUCCAAUUUCAGCGUCGGUACGGGGCCGCCAGGCCGGGACAGCUGCGGACAGCGAGCCCUCGGCCAUGGACGCUCUCGGACCUGGCCCCCCUGCCCCUCCCCCCUCCCUGUUUCAGCCGCCCCGCAGGCCUGGAUUGGGCACUGUGGGAAAGCCCAUUCUCCUGCUGGCCAAUCACUUUCAGGUGCAGGUGCCCAAGAUGGACGUGUACCACUAUGAGGUGGACAUCAAGCCGGAGAAACGCCCCCGCAGGGUCAACAGGGAGGUUGUGGACACCAUGGUGCGGCACUUUAAGAUGCAGAUCUUUGGGGACCGGCAGCCUGGCUAUGAUGGCAAGAGGAACAUGUACACAGCCAACCCCCUGCCCAUUGGCCGAGAGCGGGUGGAUCUGGAGGUGACCCUGCCAGGGGAGGGGAAGGAUCAGACCUUUAAGGUGGCGCUGCAGUGGGUGUCUGUUGUGAGCCUACAGCUGCUGCUGGAGACUCUGUCAGGCCGCCUUAAGGAGGUUCCGGAUGAUUCUGUGCAGGCCCUGGACGUCAUCACACGCCACCUGCCCUCCAUGAGGUAUACUCCAGUGGGGCGGUCGUUCUUCUCGCCCCCGGAGGGGUAUUAUCACCCCUUGGGAGGGGGGCGGGAGGUUUGGUUCGGCUUUCACCAGUCUGUGCGUCCUGCCAUGUGGAACAUGAUGCUGAACAUCGAUGUGUCGGCCACAGCGUUCUACCGGGCCCAGCCUGUGAUGGAGUUCAUGUGUGAGGUGCUGGAUGUUCAGAGCAUCAGUGAGCAGAACAAACCGCUCACUGACUCACAGCGCGUCAAGUUCACCAAGGAGAUCAGAGGUCUGAAGGUGGAGGUUACACACUGUGGGCAGAUGAAGCGGAAAUAUCGCGUCUGUAACGUCACACGCCGUCCUGCAAGCCAUCAGACGUUCCCUCUGCAGUUGGAAAGUGGGCAGGCUAUGGAAUGCUCGGUGGCUCAGUAUUUCAAACAGAAAUACAACCUGCAGCUCAAAUAUCCUCAUCUGCCCUGUCUGCAGGUGGGGCAAGAACAGAAACACACCUACCUGCCCCUGGAGGUGUGCAACAUCGUGGCAGGCCAGCGCUGCAUUAAGAAGCUGACGGAUAACCAGACCUCCACCAUGAUCAAAGCCACCGCCCGUUCUGCCCCUGACAGGCAGGAGGAGAUCAGCCGGCUGGUGAAGAGUAACAGUCUGGUGGGGGGGCCGGACCCCUACCUGAAGGAGUUUGGGAUCGUGGUGCACAGUGACCUGACCGAGCUGACGGGACGAGUGCUUCCUGCGCCCACCCUGCAGUACGGCGGGAGGAAUAAGACGGUGGCCACGCCCAACCAGGGCGUGUGGGACAUGAGAGGGAAGCAGUUUUAUGCCGGAAUUGAGAUCAAGGUUUGGGCCGUGGCCUGCUUCGCCCCCCAGAAACAGUGCAGAGAGGACCUGCUCAAGAGCUUCACGGACCAGCUGCGGAAGAUCUCUAAGGAUGCUGGGAUGCCCAUCCAGGGCCAGCCGUGCUUCUGUAAGUACGCGCAGGGAGCUGACAGCGUGGAGCCCAUGUUCAAGCACCUCAAGCUGUCCUACGUGGGCCUGCAGCUCAUCGUGGUCAUUCUGCCGGGGAAGACGCCCGUGUACGCUGAAGUGAAGCGUGUUGGGGACACACUCCUGGGCAUGGCUACUCAGUGUGUUCAGGUGAAGAACGUGGUGAAGACGUCGCCCCAGACCCUGUCCAACCUUUGCCUCAAGAUCAACGCCAAGCUGGGAGGCAUCAACAACGUACUGGUGCCCCAUCAGAGGCCCUCGGUGUUCCAGCAGCCUGUGAUCUUUUUGGGGGCGGACGUGACGCACCCCCCGGCGGGGGACGGGAAGAAGCCGUCGAUCGCGGCGGUGGUGGGCAGCAUGGACGGGCACCCCAGCCGCUACUGCGCCACGGUCCGGGUGCAGACGUCCCGCCAGGACCUGACGCAGGAGCAGCCGAACCGGCAGGAGCCCCCGCCAGACCAGCUCUUCAGCCAGGAGGUGGUGCAGGACCUGAGCAGCAUGGUGCGGGAGCUGCUCAUCCAGUUCUACAAGGCCACACGCUUCAAGCCCACACGCAUCAUCUACUACAGGGGCGGGGUCUCCGAGGGCCAGAUGAAGCAGGUGGCAUGGCCGGAGCUCAUGGCAGUGAGGAAGGCCUGUAUCAGUCUGGAGGAAGACUACCGGCCUGGAAUCUCUUACAUCGUGGUGCAGAAACGACACCACACCCGCCUCUUCUGCUCCGACAAAGCAGAGCGGGUGGGGAAGAGUGGGAACAUUCCAGCCGGGACGGCAGUGGACAGCACCAUCACACACCCCUCCGAGUUUGACUUCUACUUGUGCAGUCACGCUGGCAUUCAGGGCACCAGCCGGCCGUCGCAUUAUCACGUGCUCUGGGACGAUAACUGCUUCACCGCGGACGAGCUGCAGCUGCUCACCUACCAGCUGUGCCACACCUACGUGCGCUGCACCCGCUCCGUCUCCAUCCCCGCCCCCGCCUACUACGCCCGCCUCGUCGCCUUCCGCGCCCGCUACCACCUGGUGGACAAGGAGCACGACAGUGCGGAGGGUAGUCACGUCUCUGGGCAGAGUAAUGGUCGGGACCAGCAGGCUCUGGCCAAAGCAGUGCAGAUUCACUAUGACACCCAGCACACCAUGUACUUCGCCUGACAGCUGCAGCUAGGGGGCGGCCUGCCCCCCCCUCUCUCCCUCUUUCUUCUCCCUUGCUCCCUCUCCCCCCCUCCUUUCUCUCUGUCUCUCUCCCUCUCUGUCGCUCUCUUUCCCUCUCUCUCUCUGUCGCUCUCUCUGCUUGUGGUCCUAUAGCCAGCAGGUUGGUCCUCAGUGCUGAGUGAGGUUCUGACCUGGUCCGGACCGCUGGUGUCCAGCACAGGGAGAGAGACUGCAGAGAGACUGCAGAGCGACUGUCCUUCUGAAGCACAGAGAACACCGUUCAGUCGAGGUUUUUAUUGUUGAAUGUUUUUUUUGAGGUUUUAAUUGUUGAAUGUUUUUUUUUGUACUGAUUGUGAUCAAAGCGGUCGUGUGCGAGAAGACCACUGCCGGUCUUGCAGUUGACCAGGUCUGUUCUUACCUCAACCCCCUUGGGGUACACUAGAAUUACAUUUUUGAAAAUUUGGAUCAAUUUGGAUGUUACUUAAUAUUUUAACUUCCAUCCUGUUUUCAUGGCGGCUUGGAUCAGUGCCGAUUUUAAUCCUGCCAAUUCUGAACGUGUGUGCGUGUGCGUAUGUGUGUGUGUGUGUGUGUGCGUAUGUGAGUGUAUGUGUGCGUGUGUGCAUGUGCGUAUGUGUGUGUGUGUAUGUCUGUAUGGGUGUAUAUAUUAAGUGUUCACCAUAAUGUGUUUCAGGUUUGGCUGUAUUCACAUAGAUAUACAUCCAUGUAAAGAUUUGUUUCACAUACUUCUAUAGGUAUAUAUGUCUAUGAAAGUGUUUUAUACACAUAAACAUUUUAAACAUUUAAAUUUAUAUGAAAGUGUUUGGUGAAAGACAACAAGGGUGUGGAGUUGUGGUCUUAGAGAAAGAGCACUUGGGUCAGUCGAUUGGAGAGAAACCGCACGGUUGCAUGUUUAGAGAGACCGCGGAGUUGCACAGCACUGUGGUUCUGAGUUUGGAGAGACUGAAGGGUUGUGUGUUUAGAGAGACCGUAGGGUUGUGUUUUUAGAGAGACCGUAGAGUGGUGACGAGCUGUGGUCAUGUUUUUGGAGAGACCGCAUGGUUGUGAUGGGAGAUUGCUGCUUCAUGAACCUCAUAAUGGGUGGAGCUACCCAGCAUAUGCUGUAAAAUAAACACCAGAGAAAUUAACCAAUCAGGAGUUUCCUGUUGCAGCUCCUGAGUAGCUGACUAGCUGACACAGCACACUGGCUAACUGUGCUACUGCUAACCUGGAGCCACAGCGCUAAAGCGUAUAGCACACUGGCUAACUGUGCUACUGCUAACCUGGAGCCACAGCGCUAAAGCUUAUAGCACACUGGCUAACUGUGCUACCGCUAACCUGGAUCCACAGAGCUAAAGCUUAUAGCACACUGGCUAACUGUCCUACCGCUAACCUGGAGCCACAGCGCUAAAGCGUAUAGCACACUGGCUAACUGUCCUACCGCUAACCUGGACCCACAGCGCUAAAGCGUAUAGCACACUGGCUAACUGUGCUACUGCUAACCUGGAGCAACAGUGCUAAAGCUUAUAGCACACUGGCUAACUGUGCUACUGCUAACCUGGAUCCACAGCGCUAAAGCUUAUAGCACACUGGCUAACUGUCCUACCGCUAACCUGGAUCCACAGAGCUAAAGCUUAUAGCACACUGGCUAACUGUGCUACCGCUAACCUGGCUAAUUAUGCCCCUCCACCCAAAAAUACAACAGUUUACUUCCAGAAGAGAGAAAAAAAAAUACAGCAAAACAGGGAUUAGUUCACAUCAGUGAGUCCUGUGGUUCUGCCCCUUCUGUGGUUUAUGAAGCAUCAACCGUUGGGAAUCUGCUUGAUCCUUUCAGGCGGGGCAUUGGUGGGGUGUGCAGGGUGUGGUUUAGGGCGUGUGCAUUUCAUCCUAAACAUGUAAAUUAAGAGUUUAAUAUAAACAACAAAAAUAUUUAGUAUUUAGAGUAGCUUGUUGUCAUUGUUCAAUUAUUUCAUCCAACUGACAGCAGCAGCCAAGGUCCGAUCAGUGAUGAGAUAAACUAGGGUAUGUGUGAUGUCACAAAGGUAGGACGUAUUAUCAUAAAAGCUGAGGUAGGGGGGGGCUUUGUGAUGUCAUAGAGGUAGGUCAGAUUGAGACCGAUUGGGUGGGUGCAGAGGAGUGUGACUGUGAUUGCUGCUGUAGCCCAUUUGGGUUCCGGCGCGCUGAUUCGGUUGGUCGGUUUAGCGCUUGCAUUCGUAUCGCUGAAAUCUGCAGCUUACGGCCACUUCGCUCGCAUGCAUGUCUCAUCUUUUCGUACAGCGGUCGAUACAAAGAAAAAGAAACUGAAAGGGUAAAAAAAAAAAAUGUAAAUGUGUUUGAAGCCUGUUUAGGAUAGCAAUAUUGGUGUCUUUUAAUGAUGAUGUAUUUUUAAAAUCCCACGUCAAACAAAAAAAAACGAGGUACUUUUUUUUUUGAAAGCAUGGGGACAGGCGAUGACAGUGCAUUGCCUCCAGGGGGCGGUGAGGUUCCCCCUGGCCCUCUAGCAUUCCUGCACUGUGGCGCCCUCUCCUGGUGGGGUCGGGGUUUUGGCGCUGGGACAUCAGUCUGCUCGACCGUUGGCAGAUCUGUUUUUAUAAAAAGGAUCCACGAGCAGUUCUUUGCAGUACAUUUUAAUGUUCAUUAUGUCUGUUGCUAUAUAAUGGCCUGUAGCAUUUAGUGAUGUCUUCAGCUUUGUUACUGUCCAGGGGACAUUCUGGGGUCUCUUCCUGUGUGUAUUUGGGGUGGGUGGGAUGUGGGUACCUAAACUGUGCUGCAUUGUGUAAUAUGUGACUUCUUAAAAAAAUGUUUGUUUUUUAGCCUGCAGGGAAUACUUGUGUUCAUGUGCGACAUAAUAAAACAGUAUUUUGUGCCCAUUA